GUUUGAACGUUUGAACAAAUUUAAUGGAAUGUAAUUUGGUUGACACGUAAAAAUUCGAAUCAAUCAAGGGAAUUAACAAUUUUGUUUGAAUAAUAAUCUUACCUUUCGUCUGCGAACGCUCAUGAUUGAUUUACUGCUUUGAAUUUCAAACUCCUCCAGUAAACAAGCAAAUCAGCUGCAAUUUUUGGAUUUUUAGGAGAAUAGCAAAGAUAACCUAAGUGUCACGCAAUAUCACAACACAAGAACAAUGUCGUCUGACGUGAAGAAAUUCUUUAAACAAGCGGCAAUGCAAGUAGGUGCCGGGGGAUCAGCUGGUUUUGUUGAGGUAUGCAUCAUGCACCCGCUGGACCUUGUCAAGACUCGACUACAGAUGCAAGCCACCAAGCCCGGAGAUCCAAACCACUACCGAGGAGUCUUCGAUUGCAUCCGCAAGAUGCAGAGAACGGAAGGCUUCUUCUCACUUUGGAAAGGCAUACUUCCACCCAUUCUUGCCGAGACACCUAAAAGAGCUGUUAAGUUCCUGACGUUUGAGCAGUACAAAAGGUUCUUCCUGUUCGGGGCUCCCAGUCCGACACCUCUGACGUUCUCAUUGGCUGGACUCGGUGCAGGAGUGACUGAGGCAAUACUAGUCAACCCUUUUGAAGUGGUAAAAGUUACUCUUCAAGCCAACAGAGAUAAAGUCCAGUUCACGCCUAGCACAUGGGCUGUUACCAAGCAAAUUGUUAAAGAACAUGGAUUUGGUUCUCGAGGUCUAAACAAAGGAGUGACUGCCACGAUCGGCCGCAAUGGACUGUUCAAUUGUGUUUACUUUGGAUUCUUUCACUCGGUGAAAGUGUAUCUGCCCAAAACACAGGACCCUCUGCACACAUUCCUGUGGAAGGCAGGUGUUGGGUUCGUAUCUGGUGUGAUGGGCUCGGUUUUCAACAUUCCGUUUGACGUGGCCAAGUCCCGGAUACAAGGUCCACAGCCUGUCCCUGGGCAAGUCAAGUAUAGAGGCACUCUCGCUACCAUAGCCAUCGUCUAUAGAGAGGAGGGGUUCUUCGCCCUCUACAAGGGCCUGGUGCCUAAAGUGAUGAGGCUGGGUCCAGGAGGAGCAAUCAUGCUGGUCGUCUACGACUACGUUUACGACUACCUCAAGGAACGAUUUCCGGAUUAACACAUUGUACGAAGAAGCAGAACAAAAUCAAGUCACUGUGCCAAUCAACUAGUAUUGUGUAUAAGCUAAUCAAUAGGGGAUAUGUCAACAGAGAUUUUAAUUGUUGUUCAAUGUUUGGGUUUUAAAAUAUUGUUUUUAGUUUAUUAUUUUCACUGUUUACCUGCAUUUUUUGUUGUAUUUAAAAAUACAAGUAUUAUUAUUUUUAGAUGAAUGUUUAGGCGAAUAGGAAGAAAUUAAAAAAAAUCUAAACCUAAUACAUCUAUUACAUUUCUUGUGCUAUGAGAAAGUGUACUUAAAAUGCCCUGUAUCAUAUAUCAUAUUAUUUUAGCGUACUUAAACUUUUUUCCAUGGCCAAUUAUACCCUUGGUAGUUUUUUACUUCAAACAUUUACCCUUAACUUUGUCUGAUCCACGUAUCUCUUAUCCAAUUCUUUUCCCUGUUAAUUUAUUGUACUCUAUUAUUCUUCCACAUUUUCUUAAGUCUUCACAAACUGAUACUUCAAUCAAUUGUUUUUGUUUUUCUUCCUUACUUGUUAAACGGGUGCUUCAUCUCCUUUCUUAAUCACAUGACCAGCUCAUCUCAAAUGUCAACUCAAUGUUCAACAACUUUUUUUGGUGCUUCAAACGAAGCCAUUUUUCUGUGUAUUGAAAAUAUUUAAAAACUAACUAUGGAAGUUUUCCUCAAUGUCUCUUCCUAUGUUUAUGUUUUAAGUACUUAAAGCAACAUUUGUCGUGUUAAUUUUUUUAAAUAACAAUUUUGGUUUGACCAAAUAGGUCAUGGUGAUUAAUUUUUUAGUGAAACAUGCUUCUACUCAGUGCUUGGUUUGUAAAAAAAAGAGAUUCCGGAACUAACCUAUUUAAUGUGAUUAGUACCUAUUUAUGAUAAUAUUUUUAUAUGUCUGAAAGAGAGGUACCGGAACUCCAUCCCACCGCGUUUCCCCGCAAAUCGAGCACUGCUUCUACUUUAAAAAUUUACAUAGAACACAGAUCUAGAACAGAAUUCAAAUCAUUAUUCAUUAAAACAAUUCUUGAAUAAUAACAUUUUCUUUUCAAAAUUUCCUUGUUCAGCAGAGAAACUUUUUAAUUUGAAACACAAAUUUCAAUACUAAAACUAAAUAUUUUUCUUUUAUCCAAACUUCACAGUGAUCCAAAGUUAGUUAAAAUUGUGUCUUCCCUACUUAGCAGUUACACCCACCAAAUUAAAUAUAACACUUUUAUACAAGAAAUAUUUUAUGCAUUUAUUUUCCAAGCUUUUAAUGUGCAUUUUGUUUUAAUCCGUCCCUCAGAUUGUAUUUAAUCUAGUUUACCUCAAAUGAGAGUGUACAGAGAAGUGCAAAAUUAAUAAAGUCUGAAAUUGUUACCAGUUAUUAAAUAAAACUUGAUUCAAAA